CAGGAGAAAGUGCCCGGAUCAGUCCUAAUACGGGCAACUCGGGAAGGGAGCAGGCGCGUCAGCUGGGCGUGUAACGCGAGCUUGUGCGCUCUUGGAGACGGCCGGCUCAGCGACCCCCGGGAUCCACGUGGAGCACCUAAGAAGGACCUGCCUCCAUCAGCAACAGCAGUAAAGUUGGGACACCCCGCUCCCCAAACAUGCAGGAUCCUAAUGCGGACACAGAGUGGAAUGACAUCUUACGUAAAAAAGGCAUUCUUCCUCCAAAAGAAAAGCUGAAGGAGCAAGAACAAGCUGAAGAGGAAAGGGAGCAGCAGAUAAUCCAGCAAAAAUCUGUUGUGAAAACAUAUGAAGACAUGACCCUGGAAGAGCUUGAAGAAAAUGAAGAUGAAUUCAGUGAGGAAGAUGAACGUGCUAUGGAAAUGUACAGGCAGCAAAGGCUAGCUGAAUUGAAAGCCUUGCAAGCAAAGAAUAAAUUUGGACACGUUUUUGAGAUCUCCGGACAGGAUUACAUCCAAGAAGUUACCAAAGCUGGCAAGGAUAUAUGGGUGAUACUACACCUGUACAAGCAAGGUAUUCCCCUUUGUGCCUUGAUAAAUCAACACUUAAAUGGACUUGCAAGGAAGUUCCCAGAUGUCAAGUUUGUCAAAGCCAUUUCAACAACCUGCAUACCCAACUAUCCAGAUAGAAACCUCCCCACAAUCUUCGUCUACCUUGAAGGGGACAUCAAGGCCCAAUUUAUUGGACCCCUGGUGUUUGGCGGCAUGAACCUGACAAGUGAUGAAUUGGAGUGGAAGAUUUCUGAGUCGGGCGCCAUCAAGACAGACCUGGAGGAGAACCCCAGGAAGCAGAUCCAGGACCAGCUGAUGACAUCCAUCAGGUGCUCUGUCCCAGCAAGGAGGGAGGAAAGUGACCCAGAAGAUGACUAAGGCCUCGUGUGAAGCUCAGUUCUAUGCCUGAUUACUCUGAAGUUAGUCUGACUGCAUUCAGUGGGGCUUGACUUCCAUGUAAAGAGUGCAUGUGAUUGCAGCCCCAUAAAUACCACUGAUGGGUUUUUGCUUUUGCUUUUAGAUUUUACUAAAGAAGUCAUGGUUAUGUGGAGGCUUGCAGAGCAGUAAAUUGGAGGAAAUUGGAAAGGCUUCCUGAUGAAUCAGGCGCUUGUUGUGGACAUUCCCUACAGUGGACAUAACUACCAACAGCACAUUCACCCUCUGGGUGUUUUGCUUGUUCUCUUUCCUCUGUUGGGUGACAACUCUCUCCUCUGUACCAGAGUCAUUUUAAGCACAGAGAGUGCUUGGUCAUUUCUAUGCUUUUGACAAAGGCCAACAACUCCAUUAUGGUUGGGAAAAGGCUAUAAUGCAAUUCUUGAUUCUCAAAUAAAAAUACACGAUUAAUUUUUAAAGGGUUGUGUGGAACAUUGUGUAUAUUUUAUUGGGCAGAUCCAACUGCAGAAGGCUAAUAUUGCUGCCAAGGUCUCAGAAUUAAAGUGAGAAUACAGUAUUUAUAUAUUUA